AUGACAACCUUCAUGCGCCUGAAGACCCCAUUCCAGGCCCGAUCCCCCAUCACAGCUCUCUCAGCAGCAAGAACACAGACACCCCUUCUCUCCCAGCGCCGAAGCUACGCAAACAAAACCGCAAACGACCCCGAGCAAACAGACACCACCACGCAUCCCCAAGAUUUACCCAAUGCCCCAAUCCCCUCCAAUAAAGCACGACCCACUCUACGCGCAGGAACUCAGUCCCCGCUGGCAGAUAACGAGGGUCAUCUGAGAGAGGAUCUACCCGAGGACGUGAAGAAGCAUAACAAGGAGAUGGAAGAGCGGUAUGAUCGACCCUACAACCGUACAAGCGACGAGGGGAAAGUCGAGCCAGCCUUUCAAAACAAAGGGUAA